UGGCGGAUAUCGAUUGCGAUAGAAAAAAAUCAAAAAUGAUGAGUCCGAUGGAGAUCGAGGUCAUUCGAGAGUUUAUGUUUGACAAUAUCAAUCAAAUGCAAGAAUCCCACAGCAACGGUGGUCCCGGAGCCGCGAGGAAAGUGCGUUUGCUGUGGGAGAAAUUGACUGAAAAGGUCAACGCAGUUGGAAACGGUCCGCGGACAGUAAACCAAGUGAAGAUGAAAUGGAACAACAUGGUAUUAUAUCAACGUUAUAUAUUACUUAAUUUAAUUUUAAAUAUAUUCAAUGUAUUGUACAGUAUAAGAUUCGAUAAACGCACGACUUUAGGUCGAGAUGCUUUAAUACCUAGUCCUAGUUAAUUUUCCUUCAAAUGUCAUGAUUAAAAUACAACUAACAAUUCUUUAUUGAUUCUACCAAUACGACUAAUCAGGAUUUUGUUAUUAUAUCUUGUAAGCUGUCGUGUUUGCGUCACACAAGCUUUAUAUUAUACAGAAAAAGAAUGCAAAGAAAGAAGUAACUGACCAGAAGCUAGGGUUGGCUGGUACUGGCGGCGGCAGAAAGCUGCCAGAAAUGACGAAGACGUCGGCGGCAGUGUCGGAGCUAUUCGCGGGCUCCGCCAGUUUUCACGGUGUUAGCGAUGACGCUGACACUGCUAUAUUUGGAGAUUUAUCACCCCAGGCUGCCUACGAUGCGCUUGUGGACUUGGUCCCACUUAUUGAAGCGGCAAAAGUUGGAUCCUCCUUGUUCCUGGACUGUCAGGGCAGCAAUGGCCACGCAACGGAUACGCCGCAGGUCACAGACGAACCAGCGAUCGUCCCCGUUGAUGCAACAGUUCCAGUGUCUGAUGUGAAGUUCGUUGCCACUAAAGUUAGUGAACCGACAAAGAAACCACAAAAGAACGUUGCCACCGGCAAAACUGCCAAAAGCAACAUUACGGUACCUGCCAAGUGCAACAUUACGGAACCUAACCCAAGAUCCUUAAAAGAAAUGCAGCUGGCAUACUUCCAGCACCAGAACAGCCUGUCAGUGGCACAAGAGGCCUCUUACUUGAAAAUGGCAUCGCUGGCGGAUAAAUUGAAUGUGCUAGCUGACAUUGCAAUAGACAAAAUACACAAAAAUGAAUGAAAUUUAUAUAUGUCUACGCUUUCAGGCAAUGUUUUACUAGUUUAUGUUUACAUGUAUUCUCAUUUACUUUUUUGAAUUUCAUAUUGUUUUGUAUGAUUGCAAUUAUGUAUAGU